GAAGAGUGGAGUGGAGUGGUGACGUUGAGUCAAUUACUGGAGUUUUACAGCUUUUAGGUCCGUCAAUGGUCCAACCACCCAAGGUUAAAACUAUAAACUAAUAAAAGGAUUUUUGAAUCUGGGCACAGUGCCAAAUAAUUGUAUAUAUGGAAUAAGGGAAUAAAAUACAUAGAUUCGUCUCCUCCUCUCAAAUCUUCCUAUCCAACCCAACGCUCCGGCUCCUUACAUUCUUUUUCUGCAUUGGAUUGGCUCCUGCAACGCCUCUCUUCCUCGUUUUCCCCUUUUUUUUUUUUUCUUUUUUUUCUUUAUCAAUUCAUAGAUAUUUUCUAAUUCUCUCUCUUGAAUUGAGAAAACACGGCCACAUCGAUAUGACGGACGGUGAUGAUGGACUAUUGGAAUCUACAGUAUCUCCAUAUCAAGAAGUAUUGGAUGCUUUGUCCUCUUUGAUUACUAAACGCAGUCGUGGUGAUAAGAGCAACAAGCGGGUUCUCUUUGAUGUAUUGUUUGAUUAUCUAAAGAUGCUGGACUUGGAUGAACCGAUUUCGAAGAUGAAAAUUAUCCAUGUGGCAGGCACCAAAGGAAAGGGAUCCACAUGCACAUUUACAGAAUCUAUAUUACGCAACUGUGGCUUUCGCACUGGCCUUUUCACAUCUCCUCACCUCAUUGAUGUCCGAGAAAGAUUUCGGUUGGAUGGUGUGGAAAUAUGUGAGGAGAAGUUUUUGGCAUACUUCUGGUGGUGUUGGGACAGAUUAAAGGAAAAAACUGACGAGGAUGUACCAAUGCCUACUUUCUUUCACUUCAUUGCCUUACUUGCCUUCAAGAUAUUUGCUGCAGAGCAGGUAGAUGUUGUUAUAUUGGAGGUUGGAUUAGGAGGAAGGCUUGAUGCAACAAAUGUGGUGCAGGAGCCUAUUGUGUGUGGUAUAACUUCCCUUGGGUAUGACCACAUGGAAAUUCUUGGACAUACACUUGGAGAAAUUGCAGGGGAGAAGGCCGGUAUCUUCAAGCGUGGAGUUCCUGCAUUUACCGUGCCCCAACCUGAGGAAGCGAUGUGUGUACUUGAAGCAAAAGCUUCUCAGUUAGAUGUACCUCUUCAAGUAAUACCCCCAAUGGACGCCAGCUUGCUCAAUGGUCUAAAACUUGGGCUUGAAGGUGAGCACCAAUAUCUAAAUGCUGGUCUUGCCAUUGCACUGUGCUCUACUUGGCUUCAAAGAACCAGCCAUCUUGAAAUCAACUACCUGGAACAGACUAGCUCUCUACCUGAGCAGUUUAUUAAGGGGCUAACAACAGCCAGUUUACAAGGGCGGGCUCAGAUUGUUCCUGAUCGUUGUAUCAAUAUUGAAAGCCCUGGAGAUUUGGUUUUUUAUUUGGAUGGAGCUCACAGUCCUGAAAGCAUGGAAAUAUGCGCAAGAUGGUUUUCUCUUGCCAUUAAAGAAGAUGAUCAGCAACCGACUUUGAAUUAUCAACCACAGGAUGAUGUUGGAUCCUCACGUGAAUUGGUGCAGAAGGAUUAUCAUGGAACUUCCAGGAAGAACACCACACAGAUACUUUUGUUCAAUUGUAUGUCAGUGCGGGAUCCUCAUUUGCUUCUUCCACACUUGAUGAAUACAUGUGCUAGUCAUGGUGUCCACUUCAAGCAGGCGCUCUUUGUGCCAAAUAUAUCAGUAUACAAUAGGGUUGGAUCUCAUGCUCUUCCCCUGACCGAUUUGCAAGUUGACCUGUCAUGGCAGUUGACUCUUCAAAGACUAUGGGAGAGCCUCAUCCAUGGAGGGGAUGCCAAGAACAUAGAUACUCGUGAAGAAGGAAAAGAUGAUACAGAAAAAAGUGUGAUAAGUUGUGAGAAUAGCACUGUGUUUCCUUCUCUUCCGUUAGCCAUUAAAUGGCUCAGGGACAGUGUUCGACAGAAUCAAUCUGUUCGCUUUCAGGUUCUUGUGACGGGCUCAUUACAUCUUGUGGGUGAUGUGUUGAGAUUAGUUAAGAAGUGAGGCAUGGCAUCUAAUGCCGAAGACCCCUUUAGUCGCAUGCGGGUCGCUCUGCAACGAGGUACCGUAUGUAUUCCCGAUUGCAGGGCUUCAUGCAAACAUUUAAAGCCCACUUACCCAUCUACUCCAAUCCAACCUGAUACUACUUCACCAAACGCUCAAGAGAAAGAAAUGAGUUUUUGGAUCAUUUUUUGUACGGUAGCCUCCUUUACAAUUGAGGCACUGCAGGAGUGGUCCCACUCCACGUUGUAACCGAUCUUGGCAUCUCUGGGAUUUUUAGACAUUCGUUACAUUUUGUUGAAGAUUGUUGUCUUUUAACCACAUACUCGGAAGUUUCACAUCUCUUGUGCUCGAUGCAUUUUACAUUUUGACUCUA